CCCGGGAGACUCAUGGUGCACAACUGUUUUCUUCAUUUUAUUAUACUCUGCUGGUAGUCGUCUAGCUCAUAGCACUUGCUCACUUAGCUAGAGUUAACAAACACUUGGCACCACCUGUUUAUUUUUAAUGAAAAGAUUUGCAUCUGAUACUAGCAUAAGACCAACCAAGACUCCCCUACAAAUCAUUCUCCCUCCUUGCAAAUUGUGUAUAGACCUCUCAAUUAUGGCAGAUCCACAAUCACCUCAGAAACCUCCUCCAAAAACAUACCAAAUCACAGCUUCUUCAAUCUCCUAUUCCAAAUCCACCACCACAUUCUCUUUCAGAACUUGCACUCCAACACCUCCAAACUAUAUCUUACAAGACAUCACUCUCACUGCAUAUCCCUCUCAAAUCCUUGCCAUUGUAGGCCCAAGUGGUGCCGGAAAAUCCACCCUUCUGGACAUAUUAGCUGCAAGAACAUCCCCAACAAAUGGCACUUUACUUCUCAAUUCUUCCCCUCUUAAUCAUUCUUCAUUUCGCAAGCUCUCGGCUUAUGUUCCUCAGCAUGAUGCUUGUCUCCCUCUACUUACUGUUGCAGAGACUUUCGCCUUCGCAGCCAGCCUCCUUAACCCCAAAACAUCUGAGAUCUCUGUCAUUGUCAAUUCUCUUCUCACUGAGCUGAGAUUAACACAUUUAUCACAUACAAGGCUGGGAGAAGGCCUAUCUGGUGGAGAGCGUCGCCGUGUUUCAAUUGGCCUCAGCCUCCUCCAUGAUCCUGCAGUGUUGCUUCUGGAUGAGCCAACAUCAGGGCUCGACAGUACCUCUGCUUUCAACGUCAUGCAGACACUGAGAUCAAUAGCUGACUCGCGUCACCGGACCAUAAUCUUGUCAAUUCACCAGCCAAGUUUCAAGAUUCUGUCCACAAUUGAUCAAAUCCUCUUGUUGUCAAAAGGGAAAGUUGUGCAUCAUGGCACCCUUUCUUCCCUCGAAGCCUUCUUGUUAUCCAAUGGAUUCACUGUCCCUCCACAGCUCAACUCACUAGAAUAUGCGAUGGAAAUACUAAACCAACUCAACGUCACUAAACCGAUCACGCCUUCUUCAGAAAGUACCCCUUCAAUCCUCACUUGUUCUGAAACCAAAACAAGAGGAAAGAUCAGAUACAAAAGCUCCAGGCUCCAUGAAAUCGCGAUUCUUUACAACAGGUUCUUGAAGAUCAUUUACAGAACAAAACAGCUCCUCCUGACCAAUACAUUGCAGGCUCUCGGUGUAGGACUCGUUCUAGGAACAAUCUACAUCAAUAUAGGUUUCGACAAGACAGGAAUAGAGAAGAGAUUAGGACUCUUUGCAUUCACUCUCACCUUUCUUCUUUCCUCUACAACCGAAACUCUGCCAAUCUUCAUCAACGAGAGACCGAUCAUCCUUAGAGAAACUUCAAGCGGAGUUUACAGGAUAUCAUCAUACCUAAUAGCAAAUACGCUGGUUUUCCUCCCCUAUCUGCUCAUCAUCGCGAUUCUCUACUCUGCUUCAGUUUACUUCCUGGUUGGUCUUUGCGCAACAUGGCAAGCAUUCGCCUACUUUGUUCUGGUCAUAUGGGUUAUAGUCCUAAUGGCCAAUUCAUUUGUUCUGUUCCUCAGCUCCGUAGCUCCCAACUACAUUGCUGGAACCUCACUCGUAACAAUACUUCUUGCCGGAUUCUUUCUCUUCUCCGGCUACUUCAUUUCACAGGAUAACAUGCCUAAGUACUGGGUGUUCAUGCACUACUUCUCAAUGUACAAAUACGCUCUCGACGCCCUUCUGAUCAAUGAGUAUUCCUGUCUGCUGUCAAGGUGUCUGAUAUGGUUCGAUGAGGAAAACAAAACGUGUAUGUUCACGGGACGAGAUGUGAUGAUCAAGAGAGGACUCCAUGAGAAUCAGAGAUGGACAAACAUCUAUAUAUUGAUUGGUUUCUUCAUCUUUUAUCGUGUUCUUUGUUUGUUGGUUUUGAUCAGAAGGGUCUCUAGAUGCAAGAAAUGAUACUACAAAAACUUGCAUAAUUUCCCAAGUUUCUCCACCUAAAUCAUCACUAAGAUGUUCAAGUUGAUUCAUGUAUAAAUGAUUUCAAGCUUUGUGUUUCCUCAAGAAUCAAUGUUCUUACAAGAAUAUCCAAACAGAGAUCCCAACAUAUUACUCAUUCAUCGAAAUUGCAAAUAUAUUGCGACA